AUGGCGGAUCUAAAGGCCCUCCAUGAAGCCACCUUCCCCAUCGCGUACGAGGCGGAGUUCUACUCCAACGUGGUGCACCACAGGGGCAUCAUCUCAUGGGGCGCGGUGGAUCCCUGCAAGCCUGACAGGCUGGUGGGGUUCAUCACUGCCCGCCUGGUCCCGCCUGCAGAGGCGCAGGCAGCAGACGUGCUUCCUUUGACGCCGCCUUCGCCCUGCCACACCCCUUCACCCUCACUCCUCUACAUCCUCACGCUAGGCGUCGCAAAGCCCUACCGCAAGGCUGGCGUGGCAUCCCACCUGGUGCAUCUGCUGCUCUCCCACGCCUCCUCCCUCCCGCACUGUGCGGCCGUCUACCUGCACGUGGUCGCAUACAACGCAGCUGCCAUCCGCUUCUAUCGCUCGCUGCGCUUCUGCUACCGCCGCCGCCUCUCCCGCUUCUACUAUCUCGAGGGGGGGGAUUACGAUGCGCUGCUCUUUGCGCGUUACGUCAACGGCUGGUUACCGCCUGACUCCAGGUCCCAGUUGCAAGGGCCGACUCUCCAGCUACUGCAGCCUGCACUCACAGCAGCUUCUACUGCUGUGUCUGCUGCCAUGUCCCUAGUGUGCGUUCGCCCAACCGCUUCUCUUCUCCGAGCUUUUAUGCAUUCUGGAUGGAUUUCCAUCCCCGCCGUGGCUCUGCUGCUUGUAGCGCUGCUCGCCCCCGCCACGCGCGCCAUGCCCGUGAGCGACUUAAUAUCAGCCCUGAAGUCAAAGGACGUUCAGUACGACCUCAUGGAGCGUCUAUUCGCGCUGGACGGCACAAAAGACAUCUCGGGCGUGACAAUUCUCGUCCCGCGAUCCGACGAGAUUCCCAAUGCCUACAGCUACGCGAGGCAUGACAACACAACUCGCAAGUACAACCAGGCGAUCGCAGACGCGCUCACGAUCUUGAACGAAGCCGACAGCUCUGCAGAGCGGUGGACCGCCGUUUCACAGAACUUCUCCGCUGCUGCCAAGGGAGCGUUGUCGGAUAUCUGGAAGUUUCAGAUCGUGAAGCAAUACAUUCCGCCCUCCGUCGCGACGCAGAAGUACUCAUCUGGCGGACCAUGGGAGCUUCCCACAAUGGAGGGACAGCCGCUCUGGAUGGCGUAUUAUCCUAUGUAUGGCGGCGAGUGGAACAUAUCCGGCUCGCCUCCUCAGCAGCAGGCCAGCGCUCCGCUGCCUCGAGUCAACGGCAACGUGCAAAUCGAUGGGAGCCCGUUUGCAUACACGGUGGAGGAUGCUGGAGACGUCGUACAAGAUUUUCCAGACAGCCAGGUCGUGGUGUAUAAGAGCCACGCACUGCUUUUACCUUAUAAUAUGGAGGCUCUUAGCGCGUAUGCAGGCGCCAAUGCGUCCAUCUUCCACCUUCUUGCCUCCAUUGGCCUGGCUCUUACUGCACUCCUGCUGCUGUAA